AUCCUUGCUGUUGCUUUUCUUGUCUAAUGUCUACGUCUAGUUUUUCAGUUUCGUGUUUAUUCAUGCUUUUAUCUGUAGUUGUCUUGUAGAAUAGUAUGUUCCUAUUCCUCUAAAAAUGUAAGAAGAAUUAUUGCCAAUCAAUCAUCAAUAAAUUUAAUUUAUUCUUCGACUUCAAUUCAUCAUUGAAAAGCAGUUGAUCAUCCUCAAAAAUGUCGGUUGUUCUACAGUCUUUGAGAAAAACAUGGUCGGUAAUGAGAGGCAGCAUUUUCACACCAACUGUCUCCCAAUUGGCCAAUAUCACCUAUUUCAAACGACCACCAGACUAUUCACACAUUGAAUUGCCUGAAAAGCCAAGACUGCCGAUUCUGCCAAAAGUGCCCACUUAUAUUGGAGUGAAAAUUCCAAAAAUGAAGAAAGGUCUGAAACACAUCAGAGGUCCUGAACUAAUACACGACAAGCUGUUACUCAAACAAUAUGGAAUAAUUGCAUUGACCGGUGGUCGUUUGAAAUUCGGUCAUUUGGAAAUGAUCAGGAACACUCUGAGUCGUCAAAUCGACCAGAAAAGGAUGUUCCUGCAGUGGAGGAUAGAUGCUCCCUGGCAGGCUAUCUCAAAACGAUCGCAAGGAACCAGAAUGGGAGGCGGCAAAGGAAACAUCCAUCAUUACGUGACACCUGUGAAAGCGCAUAGAGUUAUUGUUGAACUAGGUGGCAAAUGCGACUAUGAAGAGGUUGAAGGUCUCCUAUCCAACGUGGCCCACCUGUUACCAUUCAAAGCCAUGGCAGUCAGUCACAAGAUGCUGGAAAAAAUGCAAGCGGAAGCCAUCAGGGAAGAAACCGAGAACCAGAAUCGAUACACGAUGAAAUAUUUGAUACAGAACAAUAUUCAAAACUGCCAGACUCAAAUGAGAAAAAUCGAUUUGUCUUAUUUUGGCAAAUACCUAUAAACUUACAAUCGGAGGUUCGUUGUGAAUUGUCUUUAACUGUUGUUAUAUUCUGUGUAGAUAUUCAAUAUACUGUAGUUAACUUUUA